AAAAACGCAACAAAUUCAAAUCAAGAAGGGUAAAACAAGUUGAAUAUAAAAACGCACAAAUAAAUGCGUAGUUUGUAGCUGCAGCAAAUGCCACACAGUAAUAUUUAUUUUUUGAUUGUUCAAUGCCAAAAGUUUAAUUGUUAAUUAUAACUAUGCAUUGGAAUUAACUUGAACUCAAGUCGAAUUGUGUUUAUUAACGGUGCAAUAAUCGAGGCUUCUGAUAGGCCCCAAGCCGAGUGCCAGAUAAGACCGAUAACUGUGACCGAAAAUUGUAAAGCCCUUCACUAAACUGAUUGAUCAAUGCCAACAAUUUAAUUGUCUGGAUGGGAAAUAACUUGACCACAGGUGGCAUAGGGAGGAUAACCAGAGGAGGAAUCCUGUGUUUUGAUAGGCCCACCGAGUCCGAGGAGGCUAAAGUGGAGACAGAGAUGGAGUUCAUACUUGUACGCAACUCGCCAACGUCAUUCAUCGAAGAAGAGGAGAUCGAGCCAAUGCACAUAGAACAGCUGCCCAAUGAUAUGUGGAUAGAGAUAAUGUCAUAUUUGUCGUAUUUGGAUCUGCAGCAGCUGCGUCUAGUAUCCUGGCGCUGUCGCAACUUGGUCAAUCGGCGCUACUUUUCGUCAAAAGGCAAGGUGAUUGUUACCAAGGAUAAUCUAAAGGACAUAAAGGCGCAUGUGGAACGCGGUGUUUCGUAUUUGAGUUUCGAGGACGUUGAGUUGCGAAAUUUAACACAAAGCGCCGAAUUGGAGCAGUUCUUGAGGCUGGUUGGCCCGGAAAUCAAACAAAUACAGGUGCGCCACUCGCCCGUCUUUCGCAACAUGGAUGGAAAGCUGCCAAAUCUGAAAGUGCUGAAAAUAGCCACGACCAGCUUCUUGGAUGACGUCAACAUGACCAUCGACGGCAUCAAUAUGAAACAGUUCUUGCACCUAAAGGGCUUCGAAUGCGACGGCGUCAGUCUGGACUCAACACUUAAGCUUCUAAUGCUAUUGCAGCUGCGUCGCGUCGAGAACAAGGUGCGACUACGUCAUCUGCAGUUCGAGUAUCGCCGAAACAAUGAGACGGCACUGCUCCAGGUGCUCAACGAUCAUGGGCCCACUCUUGAGUACGUCGACCUCUUCUUUAGCUGCUCGCCCGGCAUCGAAACGGCACGCUGGCAUGUGGCCUUCGAGCGGAUGAAGCGGCUGCGCGUUCUAAAGCUCUCCGGCAAUUGCCAUCUCGUGCUGCUAGACGAUAUAUUGAAAUCAAUUCCCCAAACGGCCCGGCUCCAACAGCUGGAUCUUACCGGCAUGCUAUCGCUGACUAAUGAUAUGCUGAUCCGCGUGGCUGACAAAUGGUAUAAAUCACUCCGCUCCAUCGAUCUCAUGUUUUGUGUGCAGCUGGACGUGCGUUGCGUCCAGGCGCUUCGCAAGAUGAACGGCUGUCUGGAGUCGCUGACUAUGGCCUAUUGCCGUGCGUUGACUGGAAGGGGACUUGUCGAGGGCCUGGCUACUCAGGUCAACUAUACGCUGCAGGAGCUCUUUUUGGAGGAUGUGUGCUUCAUCGACGAGGCGUCCAUGUGCAUACUACUUAAACGGCUUCCCAAUUUACGCAAGCUCAGCCUGGACAAUUGCCGCCAGGCGACCACCGAUCGCACCCUUUCCACAAUCUUCCGCCACCAGCCGCUGCUGCGCAUGCUCAGGAUUGAUUACUGCAUUAAAAUAACGGAUAAUGGUUUCAUUGGCUUCGGCAAGCAUCCCGCGCCCAUCAGCCGCUUGCGGGGCUUGCACGAGCUAAAUGUGCGAGGAUGUCGCAAUCUUACGGAUCGCCUGCUCAGGAAGGCGCUGCAUUUGCCCGAGCUGCGGAAUCUUACAUUGGACUAUUGUAAUCGUUUGGAGACCAAAGGCAUUGCAGCGCUUAGUGUCAACUGUCCGGCCUUGGAGACGCUCUCCCUGGCCAGCUGCUCGUUACUCGAUGACGAGGCGGUGGGCGUGGCCGUGGCCAACUUGAAGCGUUUGCGUAGUCUCAAUAUAAGCAACUGUUCGUUGCUGACGCUCCAAACAUUUCACUAUAUUGCUAGAGAUGCGCAUGCCCUCAGGGAUCUAGUUGCCUGCAGCAUUGAUGGACUUGAUCAGGAGGCAGCCCAAAAGAUUCUGGAGAAGCAGCUGCCUUCGCUCAAGCAGGUGAUGCUAUAGCAGGAGAGGCUGGUUCACUGACAAGAUGAGGACAAUCCCCAUGCCGGAUGGGGAACCGAUGACGAGGACGAGCCCGAAAUCAUCGAAAUUGUUGUUUAAGCUGGGUCAGUGCAAUAUGAUCAAAUCAACUAAUCGUUUAAUAUUAAAGGGUAUUUGCUUAACUAUAACUAGUUGUUCUGAAAGAACGAUGACAACAGUUACAAAAAAAACAUUAUUUCCCCAUUUUUUUCAACGCUGCAAACUAUCUUUAAGUUAUUGAUGUAAACUUAAAUGUUAGAGAAACUGUUGUGUAAGUAAAUAUAAGUAAAAAGAAAACAAAACAAAGGAAUGCGUUUGCAUUAAUUUGUUAACCACAAAACACCAACAUUGAAUUUGUUGAUAUAAGAAUAUUACAAGCAUAACUCUAAUGGUUCUCAAGUCAACAAUAAAGCCAAAAGUCAUAAUACUAACAUACCUCGAUAUAAAGGAAACUAAACAUUUCAAAAACUUGAAACGAACGCAUAAAUUCUUUAAAAAAUACCACAAAGCUGUAUACAC